UCUGCGGUCCAACUCAUCCCAAACGAUCAGGUUUGAAGCUACCUGCCGCCUCCUGUGGUCCUUUACAAAUAAACACCACCCAGAAUUAUCCAUCCGUAUCCCAUAAGCAACCAUUCUGGCUCGAGCUGUUGGCUUCACUCCCACCAUGAUCUCUACCCUUGCCACAACUUCCACCCCACAGCCUACCCGGCACCCACAGGUCUCCAGUAACCUUGCUCCGAAUGUUGCGGCAGAGGUCGUAUUGGAGUUGUUCCUCAGGCCAAGGAUACAGGAAGCAAGACCUAGGAAAGAGCGGCUACAGUCGUGACAGCCUCACCUCACGAGGUUCCUGGAGGACAAGGCAAACAAAACUGAGAGAGAAGGAAGAAAGCAAAGGGAGAAAGAAACCUCUGACGCUGAAGAAAGCUGUGAAAAAGGUUGUUCCAUGUUCCCAAACCACAACAAACAUAUUCAUUAUGAAAUUGUGUUUAAUCAACAUUUAAUCAGUUAUAUUCCAAUUAAUUUGUUCAAUAAAUGUAUAAAUAUUACACACUAUUGAAAACCAAUUUCAUUUAAAAAACUGCUGGUGGGAUUAAAACAUCUUGCCUUAUUCAAAUGGUAAUGAGUUUUGUUUAAAUGUACAUAAUUGUCACGUCCUGAUCUGUUUCACCUGUCCUUGUGCUUGUCUCCACCCUGACCCUGUACCCGCCCCCCUGACCACUCUGCCUGUCCCUGAGCCUGCCUGCUGUCCUGUACCUUGGCCUCUACUCUGGAUUAUCGACCUCUGCCUGCCUUGACCUGUCGGUUGCCUGCCCCUGUUACAAUAGACAUUGUUGCUUCACACAGUCUGCACUUCGGUCUUACCUUGAUUCCUGAUACAUAAAUGGAGUGUAAGGAAAAGCCAGGUGCCAGAAAGAGAAAAGCGGAGGACAGAGAUACAGGUGGAGUCCAACGUUGUCGUGGCCGUCAGGGUAAGGCCUCUGACUGAAGAUGAGCAUAACAGGGGAGAUGAGACCAUCGUCUACUGCCCAGACCAACACAGUCUAUUGGUGGGUGCGUCGGGGCAGGAGAGGGCAUUUGCGUUUGAUGUGGUCCUGGGCCCUGAGAGUUCCCAGCAUGCCAUGUUUCAAGAGUGUGGCAUGACUCGUCUCAUAGACAUGGCGGUCCAGGGGUUCUGCUGUACUGUGUUUGCCUUUGGACAGACAGGGUCAGGAAAAACAUACACGAUCACUGGGCCACACUCUCUGUUCUUGGAGGGCUCUCAUGAUGCCUUGCUGGCAGGUCUAAUGCAGCGUUCUCUGUCAUACCUUCUUCAGCUGGUUGGCCAAUCAGAGGAGGGUUUUCACCUCUAUGCCUCAUACUUGGAGAUCUAUAAUGAACAGGUGCAUGACCUGAUGAACCCAUGUCUGCCAUACUCGUUGGCAGUGCGCGGCAGCAGAACCCAAGGGUUCUACGUAGAGAACCUGUCAGUAGUAGAGUUCCACAACCUGGACAGCUUCAUGAGAAUACUGGAGGGAGGGAUGCAGAACAGACAGAGCUCCUCUCACUCCCAGAAUGAACAUUCCAGCCGUAGUCACUCCAUCCUAACUGUCCACAUCAAGGGCAUGUCAACCCAGGGGAAGCUGUGCGUAGUAGACCUGGCAGGCAGUGAGAGGGUGAGAGAGGGAGACUCUAUAGAGGAAUUAUUGGAAGAGACAGGCAACAUCAACCGCAGCCUGCUCACUCUGGGGAAGUGUAUCUCGUCUCUGGUGGAUCCUAUUAAGAGGAAUGGCCAUAUUCCCUACCGCGACAGUAAACUCACCAAGCUGCUCUCUGAUUCGCUGGGAGGAUCUGGCAUCACUCUCAUGAUUGCGUGUGUGUCUCCCACCCUGGGCAAUCUCCAGGAGACCCUGAACACACUUCGAUACUCCAACAGAGCCAAAAGGAUCAAGAAUAGACCCAUGGUCAAGAGGGACCUGCGUGAGAAGUUGGUGGUCAGCCUCCAGAGGGAGAUCUGCCGGCUGCGUCAGGAGAACCUGUUGCUACAGCAGCACCUCUCCUCAGCCCACAAGGCUGGGGCAGGGGGUUCUGGGCUGGACGCAAAGUACCCUGGGAGUAUGAGUUCUUCUCCUCAGCAUGCAAAAGACUUGGCCGGGGUCAGGACAGGCUCCUCCUGCUCUGAGACCAGCCUCAGGAGCCUGUUGCAGGAGCUGAUGAGAGAGAACGACAAGCUACAGCGAGAUAAGCUGGCUCUGUUGGACAGCCAGGAGAGUUUUAAUCAGCAGAGAGCACAACUUUUCAAUGAGAACAACCGCCUGCUGAGAAAACUAGAAGAUCUGGAGAGGGUGAUCUCUAGCUCUCCCCACACUAACAGCAGUAGUAACUCUGGUCUGUCCAUGCAUGGUGCCUGGGGUGGGGCCUUCUACCACCCUGUACCCUAUCCCUGCAGAUACAACAACAUGCCUGGCCAACAAUGUGGCCAGGGGCAGAGGCAGGGAUAUGAAAUAACAGAGGAGGAUGUUUACAAGGCUACACCUUACCAGGAAAUGACUGGUCCACAUCCACCAAUGAGAAUUCAGGUAGUGCUGCCCCCUAUCCAGGACGGACCCCCACAGCAAGUCGGCCGAGACCCAGCAGAGAGCACCCAGACUGGGCCACAGCACAUAGGUCCUGCCCCUGGAGCACCUCUACCUCACAGGAAGACAUGCCAGGCAGUGUGUAAGGGUUAUGCUGAGCGGUACCAGGAGCAAAGGGAGGUCAGAGCCCAGAAGGCCCAGAAGUCAAACGUUAGGGCUGAUCCCACUAACCCCACCCACACCACCCUGCCCAACAUCACACACCCUGAGAGGAGAGGGAGAGCAAGGUAG